AUGGACUGCUCUGCGGGCCGCGCGGGCCUGCCGAUCGUCCUGGUGCUGCUUGCUGCAAUUCCAGGACGAGCAGCUGCAAGAAUGACAGACUAUCCAAUACCCUUCACGGCAGAACGACGGCUACUAGUUACUGACGCGGAUGCCGCGUCGCAGGGGAAGCUGCUGUUCAUUGUGCUCUGCGGGGCCACGGUCAAUCUCCGUGCUGCUAUCCUUCUCCACCCCACACCCGCUCCCUGCCUCCCACCACGUCCCCCCCCGCGCUAUUUCAGCUGCCCGUUCGGCUGCCCCCGCGGAAACGGCGAAGAAGCUGCCCCUGAGGGCAAUUUGGAGGGCGACGUCGAGUCUGGGGGUCGCGCAGCAGGUGGGGGAGGGGGACUUUGGGCGCGCGUCGAUACCCUGGGCCCCGUGUCACACCCGUCAUUGGUGCGCCUGGUGGGGUGGGCGGAGGAGGUAGGGCGCAACAUGCUCGUGUACAACCACCCCGCCCCGCUGCUGCACCCCCCCGCCCUUUCCCCCUCCCCCUCCCCCUCUUCCUUCUUCCGCCGGGGCGGUGGUUCCUCUGCUGGCGGCUCUAAGAGAACAGCUGCCGCCGCUGGUGCAGGUGCUGCUGCUGCAGCUGCGGCUGGUGCUGCUGGUGCUGCUGCUGGUGCUGCUGGUGCUGCUGCUGGUGGUGCUGCUGCUGCUGCCGGUGGUGCUUCCUUUGUGAAGGCCAGCAGUUUUGCUGCCAGCGGUGAUCCCCCGGCCUGCCUGUCGUUUGAGCGGCGGGUGGACAUAGCACACAGCCUGGCGGCAGCGCUGCACCAUGUGCACUGCUGCGUGGAACCCCCCUUGGUGCACCGCCAAGUCAACUCCGGCAACGUGCUGCUGCAGCCCCUCUGGCCCUACUCGUCUGCAGUCUCACCCACUCCCCCUUCACUCCUCUCCAACCCGCCUUACCCCUCUCCCUUAAACCCUUUUCCCCAACUCCCCCCCACUUCCGCCCAUCUUCCCCCCACCGUUCCCCCGCCUUCCCCACAACGUUCCCCCCAGGCGCGUCUGGCCAACGUGGGGGAGGUGAAGGGGCUGGCCUAUGCGCCGACCAUUCACGGGCGGCGCAACCGGGCGGCGUACAUUGACCCGGAGUACUUCAUCGCACUCAGGGCGUCUGCUGCCAGCGAUGUGUACAGUUUCGGCAUAAUCCUGCUCGAGCUCCUAACCGGCCAGCCAGCGGAGCAGAUCGAUCAAGCCACCGGCCGCCGCGCCUACCUCAACAUCCCCGCGCUCACCGCCCUCAUCCGCGCGCACCACCUUCCGCCGCUCCUCGACCCCGCGCUGCCCUCCCCCCCCACGCCCGCGCCCUCCGCGCUGCAAGCGCUCGCGUCCCUCGCGGCGGACUGCACGGUGCGGUACGCCAAGCAGCGCCCAGACGCGUCCGCAGUGCUUCUACAAAUGGAGGGGAUACGCGAGGCCGUGCAGAACGGCCUCACCGUGCAGGGCCGCGCGGGCGACCACCUGUCGCUCUCCAUACCUGGCUCGAUUGCCGAGGCGGAGGCUCGGGGGAGGUUCGGCAGCAGGGGCGGGGAGCUGGUGGGCGGGUCGGGCAGGGAAUGGGGGUCGGCCGGGGAGCUGUCUGCUUCGCAAGGGUCCUCUGGUUGGGGCACAGGGGAGCGGUCACUCGGGGGAGGAGGGUCCGCGAGAGAGCGGGGGGGCAGUGGGCGGUCGCAUGGGGGCUCUGACAGGGAGAGAGGAAGCGGCACGAGCGGAGGAGGAAGCUUCUCAGACGGCUCAUCAGCGUACUUUUAUGGUGAACAACCGCGUGGAAUCGUCUCGUCUUCGUCCUACCCGCAGGCGCUCUCCUCUCUGGCCCAUCAACCCCCCUCCCCGCAUCCACCCCCCUCCCCACAUGUACCCGCCUCCCCCCAUACACCCUUCAAGCGCCACUCCCUGCCGCGCACACACACUGCCCCACUCGUCUCCCCCAGUCUCCUCCCCACGCUGCCUCUCUUCGAAGCUCCGCAUUUCUCCUUCCACGCGCUGCAGCAGGCCACAGAGGACUUCGCCCCGCACCGGGUGCACCGGCAGGCGCACCUGGGGGAGGUGUAUCUGGGGACGAUCAAGACCGUGGGGGAGGUGAUGGUGGGCGAGUUGAGGCAUCUUGUCGCUUCUGUGCUGGGGUUCACUGUCACCACGGAGCAAUGCCUGUUCGCUUUCAACCACACCGAUGCCCCUGACCUCUUCCACUCGCUGCACCUGCCAGCAGCACAGGAGCCCAUGGGGUGGCAGGCGAGGGCGCAUGUGGCAUAUGGCGUGGGCGAGGGGCUGCUGCAGCUGCACGUGUGCUCGCACCCUCACAUCCUGCACGGCGCGCUCGUCUCCCGCAACGUGCUGUUGCCCCGCGGCCAACCUCCCCAGGCAAUGCGUUUCUUGAGGCGCGUGAUUCCGUGUUAUCCCGGCACACCAUGUGCUGCUUCCCGGCACACCAUGUGCUGCUUCCCGGCACACCAUGUGCUGCUUCCCGGCACACCAUGUGCUGCUUCCCGGCACACCAUGUGCUGCUUCCCGGCACACCAUGUGCUGCUUCCCGGCACACCAUGUGCUGCUUCCCGGCACACCAUGUGCUGCUUCCCGGCACACCAUGUGCUGCUUCCCGGCACACCAUGUGCUGCUUCCCGGCACACCAUGUGCUGCUUCCCGGCACACCAUGUGCUGCUUCCCGGCACACCAUGUGCUGCUUCCCGGCACACCAUGUGCUGCUUCCCGGCACACCAUGUGCUGCUUCCCGGCACACCAUGUGCUGCUUCCCGGCACACCAUGUGCUGCUUCCCGGCACACCAUGUGCUGCUUCCCGGCACACCAUGUGCUGCUUCCCGGCACACCAUGUGCUGCUUCCCGGCACACCAUGUGCUGCUUCCCGGCACACCAUGUGCUGCUUCCCGGCACACCAUGUGCUGCUUCCCGGCACACCAUGUGCUGCUUCCCGGCACACCAUGUGCUGCUUCCCGGCACACCAUGUGCUGCUUCCCGGCACACCAUGUGCUGCUUCCCGGCACACCAUGUGCUGCUUCCUGGUCUCGCCUGUCUUUGCCUGCCAUCCCGUCCGCUCAUCUAACCCUCUUGCUGUCCCCUCUAUUUGACUUUGCCAUGUCACACUUCCCCGGCCGUUCACUCCCCCAUUCCCUCACUCCCCCAUUCCCCCCCCCCCUCCGGCAGCUAUUCGACUUUGGCAUGUCACACUUCGCGGAGACCCGCAACGACGACUUCGCCUCGCCCUACUGCCAUGCCUACAUGGCCCCAGAGUGCGCCACAACAGGCGAGACGGACAAGACCACAGAUAUGUACGCCUAUGGCGUGCUUCUUCUGGAGCUCAUUUCCGGGAAGCUUCCGUACGAUGACGAUCGUGAUCCGGUGCAGCUGAGUGACUGGGCACGGCAGCAGGACUGGAGCAGCUCGGAGUCAAUAAAGGAGUUGGUGGAUCCGCUUCUAGAGGGGAUGUACAACGAGGAUGAGGUGCUCAUGUUGGCGUCCCUUGCAAUGCGUUGCCUCAAUGAGGAUAAGAGGGAGCGACCGACAAUCAAAGAGGUGUGUAACGGUCAUGGUGGGGAGGAUCCAUGCAUCAGGAUAGUCCCCCACUCCCCGCCCCCUUCUAUCAUUUGCCACCUAUUGGCCACUCCUUCCCCAAACGGAUCACUGGCGGACUCCCUCUCACCCUCAACGUUCCACGUCAACUUUCCCUCCAGAGCCUCGCCUCCACGGCCUCACGUCCGUCUGCUUCCGCCGCACCUCUGCCUCCCCUCCGUCCUGACGCUCCCUCGUGUGCUCUCCCUCGCUCUCGUCCUAUUUAACUCACCUCAACCUUCGUCAAUCACUCACUCCUCGUCUCCCAAUCCCCUACGGCUCCUUUACACAUUCUACAUUAUGUCUGAGCAGGUUUUCAACCCCGAUCUCACGAUGUCCGCCGCUGAAGAGGAAACCCUCGCCGAGUCCGGUGACGAUCUCUUGGUCGAUGACCUUCCCGAAGGGCUAAUCUACGACCGUGUGAGCUCCCCUGACCAUCCCGCUGCGAAGAAGCCCUGCAUGGAUUCUGGUGCUGGCCCUGCUAACUUCAACUCCCCCUCCACCUCUUCCGAUUCGGCGCUGGCGCAGCCCGCGCGGUCCCCUGUGCUCCCCGCUGCUGCUGCUGCUCCCGCGUCGCCUCUGCAAAGCCCCGCGCCCUCUCUGGCAGCAACUGCUGCCGCCCCCAAUGCCCCGGCCCUUCGCGCCGCUGCCUACGCGGCUGUCGCCUCCGGCGCUAACCCGGCCCCCGCGCUGCCCGCCUCGCUUUUGCCUCACCCGCGCCUGGCGGAUCCCCCCGCAAUCUCCGCCGUGCGCGCACUGCCGCGGCCACCCCGAUGCUCCUCCCCCUUCGCCACCGCGUGGUAG